AUGCGUACUCUCAUAUUGUUAUACGUGGCGACGUUGGUGCAAGUGUGCAAGUGUGAACUGAGGAGACAUGGGCGCGCCGCGAUCAGGCACGGCCGGUCGCGCGCCCAUCUGUGGUUGCAAGGUCGCGCCCGCGACCUGGUCGCACUCAUCGAAGCGGAGAGGGGGGAGAUUGAAACAAUUGAAAGAGCUGCAGAAGACCCAGUGUCGUUAGCGCUAAGACCAUACGGGAUGCCGGAAGAAGAAGAAUAUCCCCAGAAAGAUAAUUUUGAUACUUACCAAAAUGUUCACCAAAACAUAAGCCAAAAACAAGAGAGCACCACAGAAGUCUCUUUAGCAGACCAUUUUAUCAAUGUAGAACAUAGUUACGACAUCAACGAGACGCAACGAAUAGCAAUGGAUGAACGGUUAGAAGGCAGAGAGAACGAGACAGAAAGAACAGAAAAUAUAACAAUAACCAGGCCAGUACACGAAGACGUGGUAACAAAAUUUCUUAGAUUAAUAGAAACCCAACAUUUACUAGGAGAGAAUUGUACAGCAGGUACCCAUUUGAAUUUAGGAGAAGGAGUUGUUGACAGAUACGCUCAGGAGAGAUUUCGGGUAGAAGCCGACGUUGCAGUGAACAGGGCGAAUAUGCUGACACGACUUUGGAAGUACGCUGGUCCGAGCGUUAUGCACAACGAGUACCUUCUCCACGCUAGCGUGUUCUCCAUGGUGGAGUUCGAUGACGAUAUCUUCGCUGCUGGAAACUGCUAUGACCAAUACCAAUACAAAGAUUACCAGCUGUUUUGCCCCUUCGCGUACCGGCUGCCAGAAGGGCCAAUAUUGGCCAAGGAUUUGGCUGUUGAAUACAAAUAUUUAAGCAACACUUCUGAAUGGUUUUAUAUUGCCAGGAAAAAUGCUGAGCGAGUUAUACGAAAUCACAGUCAGUUUAGAAGAGGAUUCAAUACCUAUACAUACAACGAUACUGCGCACACGGAGCGGGAACCCGACGUGAUCCUCUCGGUCACGUACGAAGAUGGCAAGUGGUCGAAGCCGUACUACGACUGCGGCGGCGGCAACAUCUGGAUGCUCACCUACACUGUUCCCUUCUUCGGAUAUAGUAACGGCAGUUACUUCUUCAAAGGUACCAGUGGGAUUGACAUAGACCUACGUCGGGUUGAUAUCGACCAGUGCCCCCUCAAGCCUGGUUCCACGCAGCUCAACAUCUUCGCGGGUACUGAUAAGUGCAAGACUGCUACUACUGAGUGCGAGCCAGUCCCUGGGCUUGGAUUCCGGCGUGGCUCCUAUCGAUGCGUUUGCAGACGAGGCUUCUACUUUCCCAACACCACCGCUGUCAACAGAUACUACAACGGGAGUGAAAUAGAAGAGGAGUAUGAAAAACAUCUUCUGCAUCAAACAAAUCUCUACUCGUACAUCGAUGCCUUCGAAUGCCUACCCUGCGCCGAGGGUUGUGAGGCCUGCAUGGACGGCUCUCCCUGCGUAGCUGCCCUUAACUGGGUAGUGAGGACUACCAUCUUCGCCCUCGCGUGUUUGGUCAUCUCCUGUCUGCCGUUCAUCGUGUAUUUCACCAUCAAAUACGGCCAUGUGAGAGUGGUGAGAGCGGCUAGCCCAGCUCUCCUCAGGGUCAUAGUGCUGGGAGCGCUGCUCAUCUACUGCACCACGCUGGUCAUGUACGGCAGGCCGACAGUCCUCACCUGCACUGCCAGGGUGUGGCUGAGGGAAGUCGGGUUUUGCCUCACGUACGGCGCUCUGAUGCUCAAGACUUGGAGGAUAUCAGUAAUAUUCCAAGUGAGGUCAGCGAAGGCAGUGAAGAUAUCAGACAUGUACCUUCUCCGGAGGAUCGGAGUGAUCGUGGGGGUGGCGUGCGUGCUGCUCGCCAUCAGGACGCUGGUGGCGCCGCCCGCCGUCAUCGUCGGGAGGACCAAAGACGACCUCAAAGCGUACCUCUGUAAUACUGAUUGGUGGGACCACUCCUUUACUACCUUGGAGGUAAUAUUCCUGGUGUGGGGCAUCCGUCUGUGCAUCAUGGUACGGAAGGCGCCGUCCGAGUUCAACGAGAGCCGCUUCAUCUCCAUGGCCAUCUACAACGAGUUCCUCCUCUCUGUCUUCCUCAAUAUAUCCAUGUUGUUCCUGCAGUCGCCAGCUAAUCCAGACCUCCUUUACAUAAUAUUCUUCUGUCACACACAGCUCACGGUCACGCUCCUUCUGUGUUUUAUAUUUGGAAGUAAGGCUUACAUGGUGUACAAGGGGCACGGUAAAGACGACCGGGAGAAGACAGGCAAGUUCCGAUCGAGACCGGCCGAGUCCACCUACACCAUGACCACAAACAGGACCGCCAGGUUCUGCGACAACAUGACUGAAAGGGAACUGGAGGUAAGGAAGGGAGUUCUUACACGGUUUACAGGAUUUGAAGAUUACAAGACUGAAGGUUGUAAGACUUGUUGA